UUAUGGGUGCCAGAAUGGUAAGAAAAAGAGUGCGUGUGACUGUGAAGGAACUCAACUACAAAAACACUGCUCUCCUCCUUCCGGUGUUGGAACACUUUCACAAGCACUUUGCAAAAAAGAAUACGUUUUCUUUUCCCUUAGCAUGGCCAGACCACAACAGCGAUAUCGAGGCGUCCGACAAAGGCAUUGGGGAUCUUGGGUCUCUGAAAUUCGGCACCCUCUAUUGAAGACGAGGAUAUGGCUCGGCACAUUUGAAACGGCAGAAGAUGCAGCCAGAGCUUACGAUGAAGCAGCGAGGCUGAUGUGUGGUCCGAGAGCAAGAACUAAUUUUCCUUACAACCCCAAUGCGUCUCAGUCUUCGUCUUCUAAGCUUCUCUCAGCAACUCUGACCGCUAAACUGCAUAGAUGUUACAUGGCUUCGCUUCAAAUGACGAGACCUCCGGUACCGGAACCUCCACGAGUAACUUCGCCGAAUGUUGUGUCCACGAGCACAAUAACCUCCUCCUCCGUGAAAAGCAGAGAAACCGAUAUUACAAUGUUGGGACGGAAGAAAGCAAAAGAGGCGGAGGAGGAAGAAUCAGAGGCGAAGUGGGGUGUGAAGAAGGUGGAAAGUGGUGAGCACUUCAAGCCUCUUGAAGAGGAUCAUAUAGAGCAAAUGAUCGAGGAGCUUCUCGAUUAUGGGUCCAUCGAGCUCCGCCCUGCCAUGCCACCUCAGUAAUGUUGCCUCCUUAAUAUGUUCAACAUUUUGCUACUUCAAAUUCUUCUAGGCAAAGCCGCUUAUAUUCUACCAAUUAACCCAUUUUUCUAAGUCCCCAGCCUCGUGAAGUGCAUUAAUUAUUUCCCCUCCAGAUUCUCCAGGAAGCCUUCCAAGUAACCCGUUAUUAGAUAGUGCUAUAUGUACAGGCACAGCCAAUUAUGUUAUGGUCUAUGAAGUCGUUGUUUAUGUUCCGUGGCCUUGUUCUCAGAUUAUAGCCUCUGCAAUUAGCGUUUGUAGUGGCAGAUUGCAGAGUUACUCUGAAAUGUAAGGGAAGGUCUGUCAAAGGGCACAGCUUUUUAGAAAGUGGCCGUAUCCCUCUAUUUCAAACAAUGGAGAAUUUUAUGCACC